AUGCCCCCAAAGACGCCCAACCUCAAAGGAGCUGAACCCCCUGGAGACACCCAAGCCGAAGCCCAGGAACGAACACAGGCGAUCGCCACCAUUAUCGCUAACUGGGGCCAGGCUUUCUCUACCAUGACAAGUUGGAUGCACGCCGACACUUGGCUCCAGGGCAGUACGGAGAAAAUGACAGAGUUCACCUGCGACAUGACGACUAUACGCGCGUUCCGAGAUUUGUCGAUCAAUCAUCCAAACCAAGGCCAGGAAGUCAAAGACCAAAUCGAGCAGUACUACAUUCGUAGAUACCACGGCUCAGGGCCCAUAGGUAACACUAAGGAAAAAAAGAUGGGUUAUAUCUGCGAGGAUUUGCAGAAAUUGCUCGGGAACAACUUCAUAGACCAAGCAAAGUUCAAAGUCAACAACACGAAGAAGAGACCAGCAGCGGGAAAAGGGCCUGGGAAGAAACAGGCUGCCAGGAAGAAGACAAAGAAAAACAACACUACCGCCAGCAACGAUCAGGAUGAAGAUCACACGAUCACAUCCGAGGUAGAGGAAGAAGACACGGUCGUUCCCGAAUCAGACGAAGCAGAAGAUGAUGAGCCUCCUGCGGCACCCAACCCUAAGCCUGCAACCAAACCAGUCAAUGAUGGAGCGGUAAAUGAGUUCAGACGAAGACUAAGAUCGCACGGAAAGGACGAAGUAGAGAAGGGAGCACAGCAGACAGGAAAGGAAGGGAGCAACGCAAGCGAAGCAGACGACGACACUUCAAGCAUCUUCAGCGAAGCACCCGAAGCCCAGACCAUACAUACGCGAGAAGAUAAAGACGCGGCACUCAGUCAGAUAUACUCUAACUGGGGCAUCCAUUCUCUCCACCGCGACUUCCCAGCUAUACUACGCGGAGGCGACCUUGAUGCUCCGGAGGAUACAGGUAUUGAGGAUGUGAUCAUCGAGCUGCUUCGUGACUUGUCCGAACGUUUUCCUACCAAAAGACAAGGCAAGAAGAUCAGCGAGGAACUGGAGAUGCGCUGCAAGAGAAUGAAACGGUACAGUCUCAAGGCUAUUCAUCAAGCUAUCACUGCUACUGCUAGGAGCUGGGUAUCAGAAUCAGAAUCAGAAGAGGACUGGCCAGGACUAUCAGGCGAUAAAGGCGAUGCGAAUGAGCGAGGUCCCCAACCGGAGGCAGGUGAUGCGAAUGACCAAGCGCUCCAGUCAGAGGCAGCACCACCAGCACCACUCGCGGCACGGCCAGACAAACAACGACGGUACGCCGCACGGAGCGAUGAAGCAUCUUUCGAAAUGCAAGCAGCCUGGGAUGCAGUGGUAGUUGCUGAAGCGGCGGUCAGAGUAGCGCAAGCCCAGCGUGUCCGCGCUGCUCUCGAAAGUGAGACUGCACACCAGCAAGCAAUUCGCCAGUUGAGGGUUACCGAAGAACAGCUUCGUGUUGCUGAGGGAUACGCGCUGGCGAGAAGUCUAGGAAGACCGCAGAGAGUAGGCAAGACGGCUGGGCCGGGGGAGGAGGAGCGCACUCAGAGACGGAGUGGUGAUGGCGGAGGUGUAGUGGGAGAGCGAGAGCAGCGUCGUGGAGGAGGAGUCGGAGAGAAUGGAGAUGUCGAAGUGAAUGUCGGGGAAGGAGAUGGCAAUGGAGAAGGUGAUGAGGAAGGAAGAGUGGCCUAG